UGUAUAAAUACCAAGUGUAACUCCUGAUAUGGUACCACUCUUCUUCCGUCGUCAGACUUGACGUUAGUAGCCGUAACAACAAGUUUGCCGGGCAACAAUGGUUAGCAAAGUGUUGAUAACGAUGUCACUAAUGGUUUUAGGGGCUUUGGCUCAGUUUAACCCUAUAUUGGAAGUGACCAGCUGCACCAGAAGUAAGCUAGAACUGACGUUAACGGACGGUGCCGACGGGGGAAUAAUCUAUAUCCAAGGUCAAGGCGCAGCUUGCCGGCAGUUAACUACUUCGGGUGUCUCGUAUUAUACUAUUGACUUCGGAUCUUGUGGAAUACAAUGGUUACAGGAGGAAAGUUUUAAGGUGAUAGUCCAGAAGAAAUCGCUGUACCAGACUGGAGAUGAUAAACAGAUUCCAGUCAUGUGUAUUGCCGACCUGGGUGACUUGACCGUCAGUAACAGCCUUGAUGUUGCAGACAAAGAUGAUGAUGCCGGUCUGAAUAAGACGGUAAAACCCACUGCUACCAUGACAUUGUACAGCAAUGGUGAAAACAUUAAUGGAGGAACUGUAAAACUUACCGAUAUUGUCACCCUGGUGAUGCAACUUGAUGCCGAAUAUAUCGAGGAUUUUGACAUUAAAGCUAAGUCAUGUUUCGCAGACAACAUUGAAAUUAUCUCAAAUGCGUGUCCAGUGGAUACUGAGUUGUUCCCACACAUCAAUAGCAUAUCACAGGGUUUAAUACAAGCCCAGUUCGGAGCUUUUAGGACCACAUCUCUCGCUGGCGGCUCUGUCUCUAUGCCUUUCUCGUGUACCCUUCAAGUCUGCCUAGGGUCAUGUAGCUAUACGACCUGCAGUGACGGUUUUGUCAGUUAUGGAAGAAAGAAAAGGGCACUUGCAAAACGUCAGGCGGAGGAAAACAACAUGGAAGAUAUCAGUGUUGGUUCAUCUAUCUCAAUAACAACAGACGAAGUCACUAUCGAAAGUCCAGAUGACGACAACAACACUUGUAUGAAUUCGGCCGCGUUUGCAGCUUUGAUGACCGUCCUCACUGCCGGAAUGGUUUCCAGCUUUGGUGCUUUUGUUGUUGUCUUCCGCAAAUUUAUGGACAACAAACGAGUCCUUAUGCACCUUAACUCUAAAGGUUAAAUGCCGUUACAUUGUCCUUUUGUGCUUUAAAGCUGCAUGCCUCCAGAAGGGCCAAAAUAUUUCAAGAACAUAAAAAUUGAGAAAAAUGUAUUGAGGUUUAAUGAAAAGUAAAAGGACUAAAGAUAAAAGUAAAAAUUUCCAUGUUAUUUGCGAAUGAUGGCCAAUUUUUCAGUAAUUUCACCAUAUUUACUGCAUUACUAACGCAGUAAGGGUUAAUUUUGCAUAUUUUGACCUCUUUUUUGGUAAUUUACAUUGGUUGUAAGUGUCGUUUGAAAUGUGCAUAUUAUUUUCUCUGUCAGCUUAACAAUAUUUUACUUUUAAAAACAUUUUCAAAAUUUUCAUGAACAUUAGCAGGAAUCUGGAGGCUUGCUGCUUUAAGAGUAUAAUGCUAUAAAUCUGCUAUAUGGAAUUGAGAAAAAAGUUCAUUUUUUACAAGGAAUAAUUCCAAAAUACCUGUAUGAAAAACAUAUGUUUGAAUGUUUCUCUAAAGCCUCGGUCUCACUUACUCCCGGCAGAGCCCAGGACAAUCCCGGUAAGUUACCGGGAUGAUCCGGGAUGAAAUUAUUGUUGCGGUCACACUUACCCCGGCAGCACUACGGUAGUUCCCUACUAACCCAGGAUGCGCUCUGGAUCAUCCAGGCAGAGCCCAGGUGAAGCUACGGAUCAUGCAGGUGCUUCCCCGGUCGUUCCCGGAUGACGCCAGAAGAGCCCCGGUUGACCCAGGCAGAGCCCCGGUCGAUCCAGGCAGAGCCCCGGCAGAGCCAAGGACGAUCCAGCCAGAGCCCAGGUAGAACCCCGGUGGAUUGAAAACGCCCGAAAAUGAUAACAUAAAUACCUAAUUUUUAUUAAAUAUAAUAUCUAUUGUUCCAGAAUAGUAAUUCAUGAUGAUUUUCUGAAAAAUCCUUAUGCCAUACUGGAUAGAAGGUAAAUGGGAAGGCUUUUAAUACAAACAAGUGCAAUCAUCGCAAAUUGUCGUUAUUCUUUUGAAAUGAUCCGGGCUUUGCCGGGGCUCUACCGGGAUCAACCGUAGCUCUACCUUUAUCCUCCGGGACUCUGCCUGUAGUUACCGGGGCUCUGCCGGCAUAUACCGGGACUCUACCGUAGCUCUACCGGCUAUAUCAUACACCGGAUCAUCCCCGGUUUGUGCGGGCAGAGCUACGGUGCUUUCCCGGUAUAACCUCGGUCGUUCCCGGCAGAGCUAAGGAUGAAGCCGGCAAAGCUAUACCUUCCCGGAUCAUCCCGGACCACCCCGGUGAUAAAUAUUUUAUUCCAUCCGGGGUCGAAUGCCGGAUGUUCCCGGAUCAUCCAGGACGUUGCCGGCAGAGUUACGGAUGUACCCCGGUUGUUCCCGGUCGUACCCCCGAUCGUUCCCGGAUCACCCGGACGUCUACCAGGGCUCUGCCGGGAUGUAAGUGAGACUAUAGCUUGAGAGCGAUUAGCGCAUGCACGAAAUCAUUGUUAAACGUUUAAAUAUAUAUAUUAAGUAUAUAUAUUUAAAAAAGCAACAUAAUAAUUUGUUUUGGAACAGUUUAUUUUGUUAACAUACAAUAAUUAAAAGAGACAUCCUACCUGGCAACUCUUUCGAGAAUGCACCAAAAUAUUGUAAAAUCUUUUUUUUAAAAUCAUUUCAUAUAUAACUAUUUCAUAUAACUAUACAUGUAUUUAGUUAAUUCUUAUACUAUAUCGAUCAUACUUUAUACGUUUAACACCUGUCAAUAAUACUUGAGCUCGCUUAAUAGAAAAUAAAUUUCCACAAGAUAUUCAUUUCUUUUUAGAUUAAAUUUAUCUAGAUUUCAUAAUGCAAAGCUUUAUAUAUUGUUAAACCAAUGACCUAGCAAUGUCAUAUCUAGUUAAAUUACUUUAUUUAAAUUUUUAUUUUGUUUUUGUUUCCUUCCAGUUAUAAUUAUAUGCACAAUAAA